AUACCUGCAGAAUGAGAAGGACGAAAUCGUAUAACUACAUGUAACUUAGGAUGUCAAUUGGGGCGCUGCGAUUCUCCUAAACCAACGAAAUCAGAUUAGCAACCAUUCAUUACACAGUUCCUUUUUUAACCUAAGAAGCCAUAGGCAUCACAAUCUAACACCAGCGUGUUAGUUCAUCAUUUAUUCGGUUUUUGUCCAGAAACUCUAUGAUGGAAACCAAUUUAAACCAAAAAUGAAAUCCAAAUCGACCCAACCAAAACAAACCGAUGUUGGAUUUUUUCCAACUGCUAAUACUUAAGCCUUCCUGGCAUGUUAUUUCACUGAGCACCUAGCGAGAUUAUCCCUACUUUUCCCGUCACAAACGAAAAUCAAAUAGAAGCGGUGUUAAGCUUACAAGCAAACCGGUAAGUAUAAAUAGCUGGGGACUUGGAGUGUAUGAACUAUGAAUAAGAAAGGUGCUUAUUCCAACAGGGUCGAAGUAAGUCUAGGCCCAACUCUUUCCUAGUCACCAAUACCACUUUUAUGGUUCAAGCCGGCAAGCAUUUUAUGUCGAUGCUAGGCUGUGCUACGCAUCAACUGGUACCGGCUUCAUGUUCGGAAACGUUAACACGUUGAAAAGUGUAUGCGAAAUUUAUAGCAAACUGGGUAUUUUCGCUAUGGCUGGAUGGAUAAUCCUGACCUGCUGUGCCUAAUGGUGCAACAAUAGAUGUACACUCAAGGGUACCAUGGAUAAAACGAACGGAUACGACAAACAGUAUUUCACACAACGCAUGAGUUGACAGAACACCAGAAAAAUAAAAAGUUGUACACUAAACACGCCGACAGUAAAUUUCUAAAAGACACCGUUUCGAAUGCUCACUCAUCCACAAAAGGCCAUAUUCAAGAAAGGUCUUUGUUAUUUAUUUCAUUUCGGGUCAACUUCACGCGCACAUAUUCACUGUGCAGGCCAUUCACAAAUUUAUUCAAGUGGGAAACAUUACGCAGCGUUUUUACAGCAAACCGCGGAGCUCUUCCCCUGCGAUAUUGACCGUCGGAUGAAUGUGCUGAAGCGAUCAAAAAGGGACGUAACGUAUGGUUAUGAAGACUCCAAUGCAUGGUUAUGAAGAAUCAUUGAAAAAUGCCCUUUAGUAAAUUAUAAUAUUAUCGAUUCUGGCGAAGAAUUCAAGGUGAUGUUUUGGACACCUUCCAGCAUAAUGCAAAUAAGGCACGGAGCCUGCGCAGUAGGCUUCGCCUGGAGGAUUAGGGUCAGAGCACGAGAGCGUUAAAACGUACCGUUAAAUGCCAACAUGGAUGAACGGGGGUCAUGUGUACGUGUACACUGUACACAAUGCGGCACCGUACGUCAGAGCGGUCCCGGUAUUUACUAGCGCUGGUCAGACACACUGCGACAGUCGUUACAUUGGGUUAGCAAGAUGGGUUCCACCGAGUCUUCGAGUUCAGCGGCGGACGGAGAUACGCCGGCACUGACCACGCUUGAUUUUAUCAUCAUCGCCCUUCACUUUCUGAUCGUCUUUUUGCUGGGCAUUUGGGCUUCCCAUAGGUCCAACAGGGGUACAACAAGCGGGUACUUCUUGGCGGGAAGGGACAUGAGCUGGUGGCUGGUCGGGCUGUCACUGUACGUUAGCAACAUAGGAAGUAUCUCCUUCAUUGGUCUUGCGGGGACGGCGUCAGCUUCGGGUUACGCGGUUAUCUCUUAUGAAUUCCAUGGACUCUUCUCUCUGCUCCUGCUGGGAUUUUUCUUCAUUCCCAUCUACUUUGCUUCUGGGGUGUUUACGGUCCCUGGAUAUCUCAAGACACGGUUUGGAGGCGAGCGCCUGCGCAUGGGGUUGGCCAUCAUUGCACUGGUGUUUAUCGUCAUUGGAAUCUCGUCCGAGAUGUACGCGGGUAUCAUCAUCAUCCAGCAAGCCCUGGGCUGGAACAUCUACAUCUGCAUCGGCAUCCUCCUCGUCCUGACCACGGUCUACACCAUGGCCGGAGGACUAACCGCCGUCAUCUACACCGACGCCUUGCAGGCAGUCAUCAUGAUCGGUGGGGCGUUCAUCCUGAUGAUCAUAGCUUUUGUCCGGAUCGGCGGGAUGGAAAAUCUGAAGUCCGAGUUUCUGAUGGCGGUGCCUAACACCACUCAAUGGGAAUCCAACUCCACUUGCGGAGUGCCGACCGAGCAGGCAUUCCACAUCUUCCAAGAUGCGUCUUCGAGCGGCUUGCCCUGGCCAGGAGUCAUCUUUGGCGUCUUGCUGUUGUCAGCCUGGUACUUUUGCGCGAAUCAGGUUCUCGUCCAGCGAUCCUUGGCUGCCCGGAAUGUGACGCAUGCCAAGGCUGGCAGUAUCUUGGCAGGCUAUUUCAAAAUUCUACCCAUGUUCUUGAUGAUAUACCCUGGUAUGAUCAGUCGAGCUCUCUGGCCAGAUGAAGUUGGAUGCCAGGAACCGGAAAUAUGUAAAAAGGUCUGCAAUAACCCCGCUGGCUGUGCAGACAUUGCUUAUCCUAGACUGGUUCUCUACCUCAUGCCAAUGGGCAUAAAGGGCCUGAUGCUGGCCGCCAUGAUGGCUGCUCUUAUGAGCACUCUGACGUCAGUCUUCAACAGCGCCAGCUCAGUCUUUACCAUGGACCUCUGGAAACAGUUCAGACCCAAGCCAAGCGAAUUGGAACUGGUCAUUGUUGGAAGGGUCGUGACGUUGGUGCUAGCGUGUAUCAGCAUCUUGUGGCUGCCGAUCAUUCAGGCCUACGGCACGGGACAACUCUUUGUCUUCAUUCAGUCCAUGACGUCGUACUUUUCGCCUCCGAUGUUCGCCAUUUACGUCGCGGGAAUGUUCUGGGAGAGAACCAACGAACCAGGAGCUUUCUUUGGACUGGUGGUCGGCUUUCUGAUCGGCGUCACCCGUCUGGUGCUGGACUUCGUCUACGGUUUGCCGUCGUGCGCCGAACCCGACGAGCGUCCAGGCGUGCUGCGCAACCUCCACUACCUUUACUUCGCCUGCGUGCUGUUCAUGGUCAGCCUCCUGGUGACCGUGGUGGUCAGUCUUCUCACCAAGCCCAUCCCACGCGAAAAGUUGAUCCGACUGACCUGGUGGACUCGCCAUAGCAGCAAGGUUCGCCAGCCUAUGGAGGAAAGCCAACAGGGCGACAGGGUCAAUGGACAUUACGAAAUGGUGGAAAAUGGGUCCCCAAAGGUUGAAGAUGACAAUAUCGAGGUUGAGAUUUCCAUUCCCCGUCGAGCCUGGUAUUGGCUUUGCGGUGUGGGAAGCACGAACAAGCAACCUUCCAUGGAGAUGACCCCGGAGGAGAGGGAACACUUAGAAGCGAAAAUGACGUCUAUUGAAGAAGAUCCGAAAUGGCGUCGCGUCGUCUUGGUAAACGCUUUCGUCUUGGUAGCAGUUGGAAUUACCUUCUUCGCAGUAUUCGCAUAAAAGAUCUCCAGCGAAGCAUACACUGGCGCCCUAAACCAGGUGUGAAUUUUAGAAAUUUGAAACCUACGACCGAGUUCGGGCGGCGUGUUCUACACACGGGCUCCUUGUUCUCAAACGGCGGGAAGACGAUCUAAAAACACUGCUCUCAGAACAGGAUCGCACACAACCUCCUCGUCAGGGUUUUACACAAACACACGGAAAAACUCGCGAGGAUUGCUUUUUGAACAGCCGCAAAAAAUAAAUAAAUAAAAAUAGUGAGAUGGAUUACAAAGCCGGAAACAAUGGAAAGUUAGCCAAAUAUCAACAUUAGUAAUUUUCCAUAACAAGGCAAUGAAUGUUCCUUUUCAAAUAGAAAAGGAUUCAGACAAGUUAUCAGAACAUUAACCCCCGAAGAACUUACUUGGACGCUGCAAUGUUACUUUCCACUAACUACCAGCCAUAACCAGUUGUUUGUUCCCAGAGCUCAAGCGGCCGGCCCACGAACAACAAAUCGAGCUGUUCGUGAACAUACGGGAACAAGCCGCCCGAACUCAGCCUAAGAGUAUUAUGAGCUUCCAUUUGAAAUCUUGGAUCCAUGUUUUUUGGAUCUGGUCAUAUAUUUCUGACGUCCGUUGUUCUUCAAAUGACAACAUGUGAGCUCAGGUAGCUUUACGUUCGUUUACAUCAUGACGUUUCGGUUAUGAUGUGCAUUAACUAGUUUUUGUUGGGUUUUUGAGUACACAGCUUUCAAUGCAAUAUAAAUAAGAGAAUAAAUUUAACAUAGCUAUAUGUAUUGUAUUUUACUGCAUUUACAUGCUGGUUUACAGGGUCACUCAACGAGUUUUGCUCGAAGAACAUUUUGCAACUGUUUCGAUCUGAGAUUUAAAGUUGCAAUUAAGCUCGUAUUCUUGUAGCCCUUGGAUUGAAGUGAAUUCCUUAGUUUGAAAGGGCAGCGUCCUGUCGUGUUUGAAUUUUACGAUGUAAGCAGGAAUUUAUCAUUAAAUGUGUCUAGUAUAGUGUAGUAUAAAGUUGGAACUUACUAUGAGGCAUAUGCCCAGACAGCAUGGUAAUGAAUAGUUCGAUCGUCUAUAGAGGCGAUGGGACCCAACUGUUCGAUCACAUUUCAUUCUUCGCCAACUGAAAUUUAGGUUCACUAAACCAAUUUGAUUAGUAUAAAUUCUCGAAAUGUAACAAUUGAAUUUUUUGGCAGCUGUUUCAAUAAAAUGUACGCUGCAUUACAAAUAAAUAAAUAAUGUAAACGGGUAUGUAGUGUCCUUGGUGACAAUUAAAAAGGACGAAAGUUGAAGUUCCUAAUUGCCGUCAUCAGUUUGUUCCUAUAUAAUCAUUAUGUUCUAUUCAAUGUUUGGUUUUUUUGGGGGGGGGAAUGACGUUAAGUUAUGGUCAUGCAGAUUAUAUUCAGGCCUGAACAAGUUAACAUUUUCCUAGUAGGCCCUAUUUCUUAUUUGUGCUGUUAAUUAAUUUCUUUUUAUUAGGUUUGACUUUAGUGGUAAUGUUGGUCCGGUCCAUCAAUAUCCCAAUGAAUUUAAAGCAAAAUAACUUUUCGAUGUGAACUUUAAGACAGAUGUCGUGUCUUGGUGGAAAAGUAUACUGAAAGUGGAAGUUUAGACACUCAUUAUUUAGUUCAUUUGUAAGUUAGUUUAUUUAGGAUCAAGAAAUGAUUUCCAUUAUUUGACACAUUUUAAGGUUGUGAACCAGUUUAAGAGGGGUUCACGGAUCUUUGCAAUUAUAUAUUUUUUUCUUCCUAUUUUAAUUAUGUUAUGCCUGGAGAUGUGUACAUAGUGCAGCUGAGUAGUCUAAAAGAAGAAACCAAUUGUCCACUUUGUCAUAAAAGCACCACAUUUGGCAUAGAUCUAGAUCAAUAUACAAUUAAAGAAUUUAGAUAUUGAGACACCUGAAAUUGUGGUGAGGAGAAGCACGGCGGCCAUUUUCCAAAAUAGCCACUCUUCACCAAUAGCAGCGUUUGGUAUGUUUCAUUAAAUUUACUGGUAUAGAAGACU